GCAGGCGUAGUGCGUCACGGGCGGCCUGGCAGCUGGCGGCGCAGAGGUGGACGCGUCUGGAGGGCCAUCUGACCGCGGAGUCGGGGCUUGCUUUGGGGGCAUGAGCCGAGGGGACUACGCCGAGGUGACGAGUAUUUCGUAGAGAUUGAUGGAAGCAGAAACCAAAACUCUUCCCCUGGAGAAUGCAUCCAUCCUUUCGGAGGGUUCCCUACAGGAAGGGCACCGGUUAUGGAUUGGCAACCUGGACCCCAAAAUCACAGAAUACCACCUUCUCAAGCUCCUGCAGAGGUUUGGCACGGUGAAGCAGUUCGACUUCCUCUUCCACAAGUCAGGUGCUUUGGAGGGACAGCCUCGAGGGUACUGUUUCGUUAACUUUGAAACUAAGCAGGAAGCAGAACAAGCCAUCCAGUGUCUCAAUGGCAAGCUGGCUCUGUCCAAGAAGCUGGUGGUGCGAUGGGCACACGCGCAAGUGAAGAGAUACGAUCAUAACAAGAAUGAUAAGGUCCUUCCAAUUAGUCUUGAGCCAUCCUCAAGCACUGAGCCCGCUCAGUCUAACCUAAGUGUCACUGCAAAGAUAAAAGCCAUUGAAGCAAAGCUGAAAAUGAUGGCAGAAAACCCAGAUGCAGAGUAUCCAGCAGCACCUGUUUAUUCCUACUUCAAGCCACCAGAUAAAAAAAGGACUACGCCUUAUUCUAGAACAGCUUGGAAAUCUCGAAGAUGAUGGUUAUGAAUUACCAUAACAGCAAAAGCAAAUUGGUCUCCACACCUGAAAUCCUCUGCCUUUGUGCUUGUAGCUGUGAAUGGUACUGUCCAACAGAGCACAGUCACAUGUUAGAAUUUGGUAACAUAACGUCUUUGGAUGUUCUUAUGGAUGUUUCUCCCCUGAAGUAUGUGUGGAAUUGAGCAUCAUCCAGAAUAAAUAGGAUUGUAUCCAAAACUGUGAUUUGAACACUGGGAUGCUCUAGCUGACUGGUUUGUUUGGAUUUGUAACUCCAGAAACAUUAUAUAGUGUGCCAGAGAGAAAGGCAAACAUAAAAAAUGUUACUAUUUAAAUCAGGAAACUUAAGUUAUUAAUAUCCAUCUUAAAAAAAAAAAAACAUUUUUUCUGUACUCAAGUGUCUUUACAACAUAAAGAAGAAGUAAAAGACAGGGAAGGAAGUGAGAGAUUUUUGAAUCAUGUUCAGAACUGCUGUUCCAGAAUUCUCUAUGGAAAUCCCUCCAACUGGACUAAAAGAAAAGGUUCUUGGCAAAAAGAGCUGUUUCUCUGAGCAAAUGUUGGGGUAAUUGUUUAAGAAUUAUGCUUAUUGUUUCAAAAUCCCAACUCAGAAAACGUGUGUAUCUUAAAAAAUUGUUUGCAUUGACAAAACUGUAGAAUGAAAUUUAGCAUUUUAUACCACAAUGGAAGUUCUGUUUGGAAAUCCAGUUUUUCUACUGGAAUCAUUUUUUAAGAAUCUAAAUAAUCCUGCCUCUAUAAUACCAAAUGUCAUUAUGAAUAUGGGACUUUUAAAAUUGCAUUUAUUGCAUGAGAUUGUUUUUAAUAGCAUGAGGAUGUUCUAUUUGGAAUUGUAUCAUGGUCAGUCUAAAUAGAAAAGCAAAAUUUCUUUGAAAACUUAAACAUUGCUAUAUUGAUCUCUAACAGACAUAUUAUUUAUUAAUAAUUGUGUAGAGGUCUGAGUAGAAGAAAUCAAAUUCUCUUAUGCGGAGUGAGGUGGGGACAUGCAGUGGACACAGAAAGUCAAUGGAGCAGGCACUGCUCUGGCACCGAGAUUGUAAUGACCUCAUGUUUUAUGUGGUUUUUAAAGGCUUGAAAGACUGCAUGACUUUAAAACGAUUCUUCAUGUGUAGAACCUACUUCUCCCCGGAUAUUUCUUGCCUCUGUGAACAUUUUAAAUAUAACAAUAGAGAAAGAAAAAGAAAUCAACAGAUUUGGGAGUGUGUUUCUGUCAGCAGUGUUGGUUGGUCAUUUUGGUGCAAGGUUGACAGACUGUUUCAUUGGGCAGCACCAUUGCUUCUUUACCAGGUAAAUCAUUUUGUUACCCAAUGUGCCACUCUUAGUGAGUACAGACUGUUUACCGUCAUUUUUCCUAGCAAGAGGAAGCUUUCAUUAUAGGAACUUAAGUCUUCCUAUGAGCAUAAAUGAAUUUAAGACACUUGAACCAAAACUUCAGCAUAGUGAGGUUUCAGAAUUCACAGAACUGGUUCAGAGAAAUUCUUAUCACCUUUCCCAAGGUAAAACUUUUCAGAUAUCUUUAAAUGUUAAAUACUUCCUGCGUUUAUGAGCUCAGUCUAAGAUGCAAGUAACUCUCUUUCCAUUUGGGGGAUAGGUCAGGGAGGUAGGAGCAUUAUCUCCCAUUUUUCUGGUGACUUCUGAGAGCAUAGAAUUCACCGUUUUAUCCUUAAGUCCUCAGAGAGUUAUGGUGGAGUAGGACUUAUUUAAUGCAAAAUAGUCUUCUAUUUUUAAUAGGAACUUAGAAAAUACUUAACUUUGAAUUAUCUAGAAUUGUUUCCUUUAGAAACCAGAGCUAUUUAUUUGUAUUUAAAGCAAUGUUUGUUAUUUGUACCGAUUCUUAUUCCUCUGUGUGAAUAAAUGCAAGACAGUG